AUGGACAAUCCGCCGGGCUCGUGGAGCGCGCAAGCUCCUGCGCCUGAGAAGUCGAGCGAGCUGUUCAUCCGCGACUAUCCGCACCGGUCCAUCGCCAUUGUGUCGUCGUCUCAUGCCCUGAUCCUGCGCUACAGCUCGUCGGCGAGCGAGGCGUUUGGCAGCGGCUCUCCUGUUUCGCUGCCGUCCAGCAAGCCGCGCGGAGGCGAGAAUGCGGCUGCCAAAUGCAUGGUGGAAUUUUCUCCUAUAUCCAAGAAGCUAUUGAAAGACUACCGUCCGCUGACGUCGCGGCCUGUGUACGGCACCUUGGGCCUGAUUGCAAUCAAUGGAGAAGUGUUCCUCUCCGUCAUCACUCAUGCCGUCAGGGCCGCAACCGUCCGGCCCGGCGAGACCGUGGAGCGGAUUGCGAGUGUGGAUUUUUACUGUCUGAGCAGCGCUGACUACGACGAUGUUGUGCCUCUGGAGUCGCUGGAUGAUUCAUCGGAUGUGUUUGGGUAUAACUCAUCGUCGCCUUACAGCCAAGGGCUGAGUCGGAGAGAGGUGGCCGUUGAGCAUCCAUGUCAUGACUUGCGCAGGCUGCUCAGCAACGGGUCCUUUUACUACAGCACGGAUUUCGACCUCACCAACAGAGUACAAGACCGGCCGAUUAACUCAAACUCCUUUGAGAUAGACAACUUUGACGACACCUACCUGUGGAACUCCUUCAUGAUCAGCCCGUUGGUUCAAUUUCGCUCUCGGUUGAUGCCCCAGGAACGUGAGGCGCUGGAUUCAUCACGCAUCCUCACGUCUGCCAUCCGUGGCUUUUGUAAGACUAUGACCAUCCCACAGAGCUCGUCGCCCUUGAAGGCAUCCAGGAGUGGCAUGCCGUCCUUUUUGACACUGAUUUCACGACUGUCGUGCCGGCGGGCAGGCACCCGUUUCAACGCAAGAGGUAUGGAUGACAAUGGCAAUGUUGCAAACUUUGUCGAAACAGAGACAACGUUCUGGUCUCCUACGGGUGUUUUAUUUUCCUAUGCGCAGGUUCGAGGGUCGGUACCAGUCUUUUGGGAACAAGCGGCAGAUCUGAUCCCUGGCCGUCAAAAAAUCACCAUUACUCGACCGCUGGAUGCGACGCAGCCCACAUUCAACAAACAUUUCGAGGAUCUUGAGCAAUCUUAUGGUGCCGUUCAUGUGGUUAACCUCUUGAGCGAAACUAAGCCGGGCGAAGUCGAACUUGCGACCAUGUAUCGGGAGUGCAUCAGACGCUCCCCCUUGAGUCGGCCUGGCCAACACCAGUCCGAGGAUCACGCAUUGCUACGUGAGACACAUUACGACUUUCACGCGGAGACCAAAGGGCCGGCAGGAUACGAGGCUGCGCGCGGGAUCCGCCGAUACAUUGAGAAUUCUGCCGAUGGCUUCGCUUACUACUUAGCUGAGGGCCAUAACGAUUCCGGCGAGAGGGGUGGUGAACGCAUGGUGGUGGUACUUCAACAAGAGGGUGUCUUUCGCACCAAUUGCUUGGAUUGUCUGGAUCGAACAAAUCUGAUCCAGACUUUGAUCUCCCAAAUGGCCGUCGAGGCAUUCUUGGGUCAUCGAGGAGAAUUUGCAGCUUCUGAUUUCUGGAUGAGGCACUCUAGCCUUUGGGCUGAUAACGGUGAUGCCCUCUCCAAGACUUAUGCUGGAACCGGAGCUUUGAAGACUUCCUUUACAAGACACGGGAAAAUGUCACUGUCCGGCGCAAUGGCAGACUUGCGAAAGUCUGCUCAGCGUAUCUAUCACAACAACUUUAUAGAUCCAUCCAGACAAAUUACCAUUGACAUGCUGCUUGGCCUCUUGGUCGGGCAAGCCCCCGUUCAUCUGUUCGACCCCAUUAGCGACUACGUUUCGAUGGAGUUGACGAAGAGAAGCGAAGAGUUUACGUCGUUCAAGAAUAUCAGUAUCUGGGUUGGCACGUUCAACCUGAACGGACGUACGGAAGGCAUUGACCACGACCUAUCGCCAUGGCUAUUCCCGCCUUCACUUGGGUCAUCACAACCAGAGAUAUUUGUUGUUGCGUUUCAGGAGAUAGUUGAGCUGAGCCCACAACAGAUUAUGAACAGCGACCCAACCAGAAAAGGCCUUUGGGAAUCAGCCGUCAAACGAGCUCUGAACCAGCGACAAGCCAGUCUAGGAGGACAUAAAUAUGUCUUGUUGCGGAGUGGACAACUCGUGGGAGCGGCGCUGUGCAUCUUUGUAAAAUCAUCCUCCCUUGAUCAUAUUAAGAAUGUCGAAGGAAGUGUCAAGAAAACAGGUUUGUCCGGGAUGGCCGGGAAUAAGGGAGCUGUUGCUAUUCGAUUUGAUUAUGCAAACACCCAUAUAUGCUUUGUGACGGCGCAUUUGGCGGCAGGAUUCUCCAAUUACGAUGAACGAAAUCGAGAUUAUGCAACGAUUCACGGUGGCCUAAGAUUUCAGAGGAAUCGAGGAAUCGAGGAUCAUGAUGCCAUAAUUUGGCUUGGGGAUUUCAAUUAUCGCAUCGGGCUCAGUUCAGAGGUUGUCCGCGGCUUGGUGAAGAAACGAGACCUGCAAACCAUGUACGAAAAUGACCAGCUGAAUUUACAAAUGGUGGCUGGGCUCGCGUUCCAAUUCUAUUCGGAAGCUCGUAUUAGCUUCAUGCCUACUUAUAGAUUCGACAUUGGAACCGAAGUAUACGAUACCUCUGAAAAGGCAAGAAUACCAGCCUGGACAGACAGAGUAUUAAGAAAGGGAGCCAUUCUCCGCCAAACGGCGUAUGAUUCGGCACCACUAUUGUUCUCAGACCACAGGCCCGUUUACGCUACAUUUGAUUGCCGAGUUAGCCUCAUUAACGAGGCUCAAAGAAACGCCAUCAGCCAUGAGUUGUAUGAUCGGCGUAAGAUUGAAGUUGGAGACUCGGCGGCACACGGAGAUGGAGAAGACACAGAAGAUGAAGACUUGAUUGGAUACGACGCAAUCGAGCCAGGUCUGCCACCGGCAAGCUCAGACCGUCAAAAAUGGUGGCUCGACAAUCGACAGCCGGCUCGAGCACAGAUACCUAUACCUAGUGGGCGAGACGGCCAGCAGAUGGCUCUGAAUCCAAACCGCCCAUCAAAUCCUUUCGGUCAGGGCGAAGAAUUAGACUGGAUAUCGGUUUCGCGGUCGUCACCAGGGGCGUCCCUUUCUAGCAUAUCCAGCUCGCCGUAUGAAAAGGUUAUGCCUCCGAGGGGGAUGAUUUCAGCUGGGCCUGGUGGACCUAGGAAGCUGCCUCCCCAAUAUGACCCGGCCACUCUCCCUGCCCAAGUGGGACGAAUGAAGAUUGGAGACGGUGAUAGCACGCGGAGUGCUCACGGAGACAGGUCUGGGGCGGCUCCUCCUCCUCCGCCACCUCGCCGUUCAGCGACAACUUUGGACAUGGGUUCAAAUACAGGGCUGGGCAUCAAGUCAGCGAGUUCGACCUCCCUGGGGGCAAUUGGAGGAGCUGAUAGAGCAGGGACGCAACCACUGUGGAUACAGCCUCGACCGGCCUCCUCAGCUUCUCAGACAUCGCAGCUGUCUCAGCAGCUGAAAGCUGGGAAGCCUGCGCCGCCCGUGGCGAAGAAGCCGGCACACCUGCUGUCCACAUCCCCAGCUUCAACAUCGUCGUUAACAUCAGGAGGCGGACGCAGCCAUCCUGUACAUGGCGGCGAUGAUUUCCACCCGCCGCUGCCCGCUCGCGCUUCAACGAUGGUUGCAAAACCAGAUGAUGUGCAGUGGCAGACGCGAUCGGCAAUCUCGACUACUGGAGAAAAGCCCGUUGCACCGCCCAAACCUCCGUUGAAUGUGGGCAUGAACGCAACUGCAAGCACAAAUACAAGGGUGGCGGCUAGAGGACCUCCCACCUUGCCACAGCGAUCAAGACAGGCAAACCAAGGCCCCGUGGACCUUUUAGAUUCAUUGAAUGAAGGAGGAGAGGAAGAGAUGGGAGGCUGGGAGACAUUGCAGCCAAGUGCAGCAUAG